AUGAGAGUGUUGCUGGUGGCAGUGCUGUCAGUAGGUCUAUGUCUAGCAGCCAAACCUCUAGAAUUUCCGUCAUUUUCCAUCGAUGAUCUCAACCAAGGCACUGUGACAAGUUCUGAUGAAUAUGAAUGGGUUAAUCAACCAUGUAGUUAUUUAGAAGCAGAGAAUGUGUCGGCGCCAUACACAACCUGGCAGUCUUCAGGACAUUAUAACUAUAGGUACCAGACCUGCGGUGCCAACUGUACCAAGCCACCACCUAUUGGUAUCAGAAGUUCUGUAGCUUUAGGAGGUAUAUCGUGUGGUAGUAUAGAAUUAAGAGCUGAUGGAAGUCUACAUGAAUGGACCAUUAUAAAUCAGUCACCUUCUAGUGCCCCUAAAAUACAGGUUUUUGACAAUGCCUUCUUUGCUGUCCGGACAUCAACAAAUCAAGCCCAUGACGAUACCCUAAAAUUCAUACCCUUCAAAAAUUAUCAAACGAAGAAAUUUGCUGAUGUAUUUUGGAGACAAUUACUGAAUCGAAAUAACGGAAAUAUGGCAUUGGUUUUACAGACGCAUCCAGCCUCUAAUUUACCUGGUGUCCAGUCUUUAAAAUAUAAAGGAUUACACCCUGUUUCACAAUUAACUGUUGAAGACAGCCGUCUGCCAUUGUCUAAUGUUUCGUUAACAGCAUUCUCAACUUAUUUUCUUCAUGAUAUGAAUUCUUCAGCUACUCCCGCCAUUUCAUUUCUCUUCACCGCCUCCAACCCGUCCAAAACUCAAGCAGUCGAUACAAGCUUCAUGUUUAAUCUCCCAUUUGGAAUCGAAAACAGACAAGGUCGCGACUUCAUUUUCACGCCAGUUCAGUCCAAUUAUUAUGAUUUCUCUACCCCCAGCGAAACAGACGUUGACUGUUUGCACGUCUGCAACGAUUGGCCAGCUUGUCAGACAUGGACAUUCAAUGAAGUAGAUAAAUCCUGCCUUCUGUCCACCACCGUCAACCUCAAUGGCUACAACACGACAAAAUCAUCAGGAUUGAAAGGAGCAUGGAAUGUCGUAAGAAAGGGCAACUUAAAUUGUCUAACUUUGGACAGACCAGGAAAUCUGCCGCCAAAUGGAGACAUUUCUCUAUGUACAAAUAUGGAUUCUGUAACUUUUGGCGUUGAUGACAAUGUUAACGCUCUUUGGAACACUUUUGCAAGUAAUGGACAGUUCACCUUUUCUGGUAAGGGCGCUAUGAACGUUACUGGUGCCAUUUCAAUUAAAGCUAGCAUACCCCCUGGACAAACUGUCCAAGUUCCGAUGACUCUUUCAUGGUACUAUCCUAACAGAGACUUUGGAGAAACAGUCUAUGGAAAUUGGUAUAAGAAUUUGUUUAAAAGCAGCGUUGACGUAGCUGACUCUAUUUUGAAUGGUCAAAAAAUCAACAUGGCUAACCAAGUAGCUGCGAUAAAUAAAUUACAUGAAGUUUUCCUUGGUAACCAGACUGAUAAUGGUCAGAGCAGUGUUCCAGUUUGGUUGUCUGACGUGUUGAUCAACAGUCUUAGUCAUAUAAGGUCAGCCAUGUGGUUUGCUGAUGGUAGAUGGAGACAGUGGGAAGCUUAUGAUUGUUCUAAUAUGGAUUCUGUACACAAUGAUGGAGAACGUCAUAUACCCUACAUUAUGUUUCUACCUGAAUCUACUAAGAAUAAAAUGAGAGGUUGGGCCAAGUCUCAGUUGAUCAAUGGUAUGAUCCCAGAACAGCUACAAUCCAACUGUUUUACUCAACAUUUUGGUAAUAAAAUAGAUGUUCCCAGUGGUCGAGUCAUGUCGGAUGUUUCCUCUAUGUUUAUUACGUAUCUUCUAGAACUUCUCAGAUGGGGUAAUGAACAAGAUUUUGCAAAGGAACUUUAUCCUAAUGCCAAGAAAGCAGCACAAUGGCAUAUACUAUCAGCGAGAUCAUCUGGUACCUUGAUUAGAAUGGUUAAUACAUAUGAUGUUCUUGGACAGAAUGCCUAUGAUGUUUGUGCUUACAAUUCUGUAUUUCACCUACUGGCUAUGAGAGCUGCAGAAGAACUGGCCAAAUUUAUGGCUGAUGAAGAAUUUGCAGCUGAAUGUCGAGCUGUUUAUAAUGAGGGUAUAGAAGCUUUAGAUAAAUAUUUAUGGAACAGUACAGCUGAAUAUUAUAAUUCUUACACCCCUAGUAUACAUAAUCUGUCUAUACCUAACCCUGGGGCCUUGAUGACAGACACUCUUUAUGCUCAGGUUUUGGCCCAUUCUGUUGGUUUAGGAGAUUUAGUUGACAGAACCAAGAUCUCAAAACAUUUGACUGCUGAGUUAGAUUAUAAUGAUACACCUUAUGGUAUGAUGGUACAGACAGGACGCUAUCCGUAUCCUGGCCCUUCUCAAGAUAAUGCAAUAUGGAUGAUGGGUAAUCCAAAUUGGGCGUCCACCCAGAUUAGGCUGGGAACAGACGUUGAUGAAGCGUUGGGGGUGGCUAAGAAGACCUUGGAUAGAAUGAGAACUAUUUUGAAUGAUUUGUGGAAUGUGCCAGGUAUACUUGGUGGAAUCGGUUAUGGUGCAGACGGUCAACCUUUCAUUACUAGUCACUAUGGUUACUACAUGUCAUCAUGGCAUUUAAUUCUAGCGUUGUCAGGGCAACAGGCAAAUUUACCAGAUGGUAUCUUGACCUUUGAACCUAAAUCACAACCUCCGUUUAAUUUUCCUGUUAUGUUGCCGGGGGUAUUGGGAGUUGUUACAGCUCGUGUGGGGCAGGAUUCAACUGUUACGUAUGCCAUCAAACUAUCAUUCGGAGAGCUGAGUCUACAGCAACUGAAGGUUGGAGAAAGUACAUAUCCAGGUUCAGUUUCUAUAAAAACCGGGCAAGAAAUCAGUUGGAAGGCAUAA